AUGGGACUACCCAGACCCAUUUAUGAAGCCAUGAAAAGACAUGAUGGCAAACAAAAGUUUUCUCCUUCUUUUUCAAGAAUGGGAGGUCAUCCUGGCAUGCAUGCUGCUUCUGAAAUGAAGAAGAUGAUGACAAGCAAGCAAUCGGUUGAAAACAGAGGCACACUUGGUUAUAUCUUACCCUUGUAUGCUAUAGGAAUUUUAAUUUACUUGGUCUAUACGCUGUCAAAGUUAUUUGCAAAGAAACAGAGCAAGCCAAAGCAGCAAUAUCAGCCUAUGACUCACAAUUAUGUUGAUUACGAUAGCAUGGAUGAUGCUGAGAUCAAGGAAAAGGGCGAUGAUGAAAUGAAUACUCUCAAAGAAAGAUUAAAGGAAACUGAAAACCAGAUGACUAGAAUUUUGAAAGCGAUGGAGGCAAUUCAGUCCACAGUUGCAUCACAAAAUGACAUCGUUGACAACGUGGAGUAUUGGCAUCACGAUGAAUUUAACACUAGUCCCGAGAACUCGGCUGAGAAUGAAUUGAACGCGAAAGAGAGAGUGUCAGCCGAUGGUCAUUCAAAUGAAUGUUGCUCAAAUGAUUCUGACAAUAUACACGUUGCUGAUGCUGUUAACGAUGACAACGUCCACCUUAUUGAUACCGUUGACAGUGAAAACGCAGAUGGAAACUCAUAUCUCCGAAAAAGAAUUCCGGUGGUUAAGGCGAAAUGA